CAACGUUUCAACUUUGAACUUUGCAAUGAAAGCAGAAAGUUGAGUCAAAACAACUAAACAAGUCAAAACUUGGAACUUUGAAAGGCUAAGUAAAUUGUUCGACAUCUAUAAAUUCACGUCAACAUGGCACCGCCAGAUCACAAGCGAAUGCGUUUAGAUACGUCUUGCACUUCGAAUACUUCCCGCAUUCAGACUAAUUUUACUGUCAAAAUAUUGGAUAAUCGUGCCGAAAAGAUUAUAGAACUGAGCAAUGAAACAUACGAACCCGUCGAUCUUGCAUCAGUUGCAUCGACUUACGACAUCGAAAACAUGGUUCAGCAAGCCUACUUUCAAGACAAUACUAUGGCAUUUAAAACUAUAUUAUCAACGGGAGGAAUAAUUCUAAUAAUUUAUCCGCCAGGUUCUGGAAAAACAACCAUGGCACUUCUGCUCGAGUCAUAUUUGUCGUCGACUAUUGAAUGUUCGGAUAAACUGACAACGUUUUUUCAAACCUGCGAGUUUGCAAAAGAGUGUAAAUCUGAUUACGAUGAAUUUUAUAAAUCUGGUAGCGUGGCAUACAUCAACUUUGAAGGCAUUCGAGGCACCGAUCGAGUUUCAUUUGAGAAGUCUCUAGUAGAAAUAAUGUUGACAAGUUUCAAAAAGUAUUUUUCUGCUGACGUUGUUCAAGAUGCAGCUAUGCUGAUGAAUCCUCCUGAAGACGUGUAUAUUUCGAUGAUGCAAUUUGUUCAAUACCUACGUAUGGUUGGAGAGAAGAAGAAAACCUACCUUAUACUAGAUUCUUGCGAUACAGUGUACAAUACAAUCGCUCAACUAGGUGCUGAAGCAGCUAUUGUAUGUAAACAAUUUACCGAAUUUCUGAAGAGCGCAGUUCAUACAGGAAGUACAGAUGUAAUGUUGAUAUGUUUUGGCGUGUCUCCAUACUUCGCUUACGAGUUUGCUGGACAAGCUACUAUUUACAAUGUUCACAAGGAGGCGAAUGACUUGGGAAAGUACUUUUCAUACUCCGAAGAGACGCGGUCGAUGAAGUUAUAGAAACGUGGAAACUUCAAACUUCGUAUGAUGAAUGCCGGAAAAUUGCUCAAUUUGAGUACUGCGAGCAGACUUUCGUAAACCCAUCUAUAUGUGUUUCAUUCUUGCGAAGUUUACACAUGAAGAAAAAUUGCUUUCAAGUGGACAUCGCCCCACGGUCUUUAUGGGUGAACUCAAUCUUCACUCCUGAAGAUCAAGAUUUGAUGCUAGAUGUCCUAUGUGGAUCCUGUGAGAAAGAGUUUACAAUGGGUGUCAGCAUUAAGAGAAUCAUUUCUCACUCUCUGCAACCUACUAAUAAGCUUUUCUACCCAUGGUUCAUUUUUGGUGGUUUUAUAUCUUGUAAACCAUCCGAAGAUCCUAAUAAAUACCUAUUGAGUGUUGCAAACGAGGUCUCAAGAUGUUUUCUAGAGAAGAAUUUAAACGGGUUACUAUCAAACUGAUGCAGUACAACAAACCGUCUGCACUCUCCAAUCCGUCAGUAUGGAUGUGUUCAGAGUGACAAUUGAAGAUGAUAAGUAACGUGGGAAGGGACAGAAGUGAUGGUCGCGUAUCAGAACCGAACUCCAUCUCCACCUACACGUGCUGUACUUAGAAGAACAACUUGCAGCUGAUCUUUAGUUGUAAUUUGAUCAUAUUGAUGAUAAGUUAUAAACGUACAAUAACAAUUAACAAUGAUUCCAACAGCCAAAAUAUACCUAUGUACCUACC